AUGCAGAAUCUCACUAUUCUCAUCCUGUUUCUUGCAUUUGUAUUAAUUCAAUGCAUCACAUCCUUACCUUCAACACCAUUGGAAGAAAAAGAUCCCGCAUGUAUAGCCAAAAAAUGGUUGUCAAACACGAUGGAUCGUAAUCGACGUGCAUCCAUAUCCCGCCCGUACUUUCAACAUUGGCGAGGUAAACGUUCCUAUGAUUAUCAACCAGCUACAGUAUCAGCCGAUGUUCCAUCUUUACUCACGGAUGUUGUUGAUCAUAUUACAGAAGAACCAGCCGAAGUUGUCUAUGAAGAUUCAACAAUAAUCUGCUUUUCGUCACCGAUUAGCGACGCAUUGAUGCAAGAAUUACUUGGAAAACAUCAUGUAAACCAACGCCGAUGA